AAAAUUUGAUUAUACAUGCAUGCAUGCAUCUGUGUAUACAUGUUUGUGUUUUAUAAGUAGAUGCCUUUAUACAUCUAACGAAACACCUGUUUAACACCCCAAAUCAACUGAUUAAACUGACCUACCUUCUUAUAUUGCUAAACCAAUAAUGUCUGCAACUCAGACCUCUCUACAACUUCCUGUAUUUGACAUCUUGCAACCCCUAACAGCAGCCUCAAAGUCUUCCCUCUCUUUAGCCUGCAAAGAAUGGGGUUUCUUUCACAUAACAAACCAUGGAAUCUCCAAACAUCUUUACAGGAAACUCUAUUCUGUUUCAAACCAUCUUUUCAGCCUCCCUUCCGAGGUAAAACUCAAACUCGGUCCCUCAUCAACCUUAAAAACCUACACUCCUCACUUCAUUGCUUCCCCUUUCUUUGAGAGUCUCCGUGUGUCUGGACCUGAUUUCUUCGCCACUGCACAGAGCUCUGCAGAAGUCCUCCUUGACCACCAAAGUUCAGAAUUCAGUGAGAUACUGAGAGAGUAUGGAAGCCAAAUGACAAAGCUAUCACAAAGAAUUAUCGAGAUUGUGCUCAUGUGCCUUGGGGAAGAUUUUGAGAGGAAAUUUGAACUGGAGUUCAGUAACUGUCAUGGUUAUUUAAGAAUAAUCAACUACUCGCCGCUUGAGUGCAUGAAACAGAAAGAAGCUGAAGGUCUUGGCAUGCACACUGACAUGAGCUGCAUAACCAUUGUCUAUCAGGAUGAGAUUGGUGGGCUUCAAGUUAGGUCAAAGGAAGGGAAGUGGAUGGAUAUAAAUCCAUGUGAUGGUACUCUUGUGGUGAAUAUUGGAGACUUAAUGCAAGCUUGGAGCAAUGGAAAGUUAAAAUCAUCUGUGCACCGAGUUAUUCUAAAGCAACCUGUUAACCGAUUUUCACUUGCUUUCUUUUGGUGCUUUGAAGAUGACAAGGUCAUCCUUGCACCUGAUGAAGUGGUUGGUGAAGGGAAAUUGAGGAUCUACAAGCCUUUCAUUUGCACAGAUUAUUUGAAAUUUAGAGAGAACAGUGAGAAAGGGAAGUUUGAUAAAGUUGGUUUUACUGUAAAAGAUUUUGCAGGGGCUGGAGGAUGAAAUGUCUUUGUAAUUGUGCAGUAUAUAUAUGUGUGUGUGUGUGUGUGUGUGUGUGUGUGUGCAUUCUUUGAUUGUUUCUUUGUGUGUGGGAGUACUUGAGUUUAUGUUGAGAGAUUUGAGAAUAAUGGAAGACAGUUUGGAUUCACUGAGAUGGGAUUUGGGGUUGACUCUUUUGAGUGCUUGUUAGUAUUUGGUAGCUUCUUGAGGGAAUUCAAGUGACAUUCUUUUAUUGCAAAUUGGUAUGUGCUUAUGAAAUAUAUUAUUUGUUGGA